CAAUGUCUAGUGUUCGGUUUUCUUGAUUGGACGUACGAUUUUCCGGGACUGUGACGCUACCCGGCGGCGUUGGCGCGAAGGUGCUGAACAAAGAGCUGUCUGGCGAUUUAUUUUAUCGCAUAAACUCCAUACACUGGUGUUUAAUACCGUCGUCAUGGCUGAUAAGGAAGCGGCUUUUGACGAUGCGGUGGAAGAGAGGGUGAUCAAUGAGGAAUACAAGAUAUGGAAGAAAAACACCCCUUUCCUGUACGAUCUGGUGAUGACCCAUGCUCUUGAGUGGCCAAGUCUCACGGCGCAGUGGUUGCCUGAUGUUACCAGGCCUGAGGGAAAGGACUUCAGUGUGCAUAGACUGGUGCUCGGCACACACACCUCGGACGAGCAGAACCACCUGGUCAUCGCCAGUGUGCAGCUGCCCAACGACGACGCCCAAUUUGACGCCUCUCACUAUGACAGCGAAAAAGGAGAGUUUGGCGGGUUUGGUUCCGUAAGUGGAAAGAUCGAGAUCGAGAUCAAGAUUAACCAUGAGGGGGAGGUGAACCGGGCACGCUACAUGCCUCAGAACCCCUGCAUCAUCGCCACGAAGACGCCAACCAGCGACGUGCUCGUCUUCGACUACACCAAGCACCCCUCCAAACCAGACCCCUCUGGGGAGUGCACCCCUGACCUGCGCUUAAGGGGGCAUCAGAAAGAGGGCUACGGCCUUUCCUGGAACCCCAACCUGAGCGGCUGCCUCCUCAGCGCCUCCGACGACCACACCAUCUGCUUGUGGGACAUCAGCACAGUGCCCAAGGAGGGCAAGGUGGUGGACGCUAAGACCAUCUUCACCGGGCACACGGCUGUGGUGGAAGACGUCUCCUGGCACCUGCUGCACGAGUCGCUGUUCGGAUCGGUGGCCGAUGACCAGAAGCUCAUGAUCUGGGACACACGGUCAAACAACACCUCCAAGCCCAGCCAUGCGGUGGAUGCUCACACCGCUGAGGUCAACUGCCUGUCCUUCAACCCGUACAGCGAGUUCAUCCUGGCCACCGGCUCAGCAGACAAAACUGUGGCUCUUUGGGACCUGAGGAACUUAAAACUGAAGCUGCACUCCUUUGAAUCCCACAAAGAUGAGAUCUUCCAGGUGCAGUGGUCUCCCCAUAACGAAACCAUCCUAGCCUCCAGCGGCACAGACCGCCGACUCAACGUCUGGGACCUCAGUAAAAUCGGUGAGGAGCAGUCCCCCGAGGAUGCUGAAGACGGGCCCCCUGAGCUUCUGUUUAUCCACGGCGGACACACAGCCAAGAUCUCAGACUUCUCCUGGAACCCCAAUGAGCCGUGGGUCAUCUGCUCUGUCUCUGAGGACAACAUCAUGCAAGUGUGGCAAAUGGCGGAGAACAUCUACAACGAUGAAGAUCCUGAGGGGGCUGCAGACGCAGAGGUCCAGGGCUGAAUCAUCCCAGCAACACGCCGGCUACGCCCCAGAACACCACCGCACCACACCUGCACCGUCUCCCACCACAUACACUCUGCAGCACAGUCCACGCAUUCCCACUCGCAGAAACAGGACAGGGGCAGGCUCAUUUACAAAGUACAAGAAUAAUUUAUUGGUAGCCCCCUCCCCCCAACAGUUUUCUACUAGAAUAUAAAAACAUAUUUUUUUAAUUAAAAAAAAAAGAACCAUCAGUUGCUCUUGCUGUUUCGGAGGGAAAUGGAGAGCAUGCGCUCGCUGUUAAAAACCAGUGUAAGCUCCUUUUCCCCUAGGGCUGUUUGAUAUUUAAGCUUUGUGGUUAAUUAAAGAUCAAAGCAUUUCUUUGCUCAUUAGAGCAAUGGAUCCCAGUAUUAAUAGAUGAACUGGAGCUUGUUUCCCUGGCAGUCAGUGAAGGACAAGUAGAGUUCUUAACAGCCACAUAUUGAUUUUGUUUUUUGUUUUGUUUUUUUUCUAUGAAAAACUGCAUACACUGGAGAGGAAAACGGUCGUUUUUUUUAAAAGAAGACCCAUAAAAUCAGCAAUUGCCGACUUACUGAUAAGCAAAGAAUCUCCUUUCUCUUGCGAGCGCAUAAGCUGAAAUGGCUGUUUAUCUCUCACUGCAUAAAAUGGGGGGUUUAAAUCUCCCUGAGAGGCUUUGUAUUUUCUGAAUCUUUAUUAGUCAACUUUUUUCUGCUUUAUUAUCUGUAAGGGUCCCUUUCGUUCGUGUUGUGAUAUUAAUGUGAUUUCUUUGUCUCCCAUUUCCCUUUCAAACCAGUUGUAUAAAAUGCAUUCAAAUAAUAAACAUGUUUUUUUUCCUA